CCACACAAUCUUAGAUUCUCCUCCCAUGUGACUUCCUGACCGACCAUCUCUUAUAACUGUGGCUCAGAACCCAGAUUGCCAACAGGCAGAGAACUCCAAAUCUUGCACCUGCAGCUGGUCACAACAGGAGAAUGAGGGUCAGCCUGCUCCCCUGGGCCUUCCUGCUCGCGGUUGUUAUCCUCACCUCGGCAGAGGUCGCUGAAGAACAAGGUACAAAAAUGGUUGUCUGCUGUAUUUCCUUCUUGCCUCGGAAAAUCCCACUCAAGUUUGUGGAAAGUUAUGUUCGAACCAGUAACUUGUGCUCAAAGCCUGGGUUCAUCUUCCAAACCAAAAGGGGGCGUCAGAUCUGUGCUGACCCCAAACAAGACUGGGUGAAGAAGUACAUCCAACAGCUGGACCGUAGGAGCCUUGGGGUCCAGCAUGGUGGGACCCCACAGCCCAGAGAUGGGUAGAAAAGCCACAGAUCGUUUCUGCACCCCACCUUCCAAAACAGGACUCUGUCCUGCUUUCUGUGCUUUCCCACCCAGUCACACUUUGCCCCCUGAAGCUUUGCUGCAGUGCCCCACUGCACAAGGCCUAAGGAGUGUGGCCCCCCUCCCCAGCAUUUAUUUUCCCUUUCCAGGCUCCCCUCCACUCCCCAAUGAAAUAAAAUGGAGGCAGAAAGAGAACCAAGGAGUUUAAACUGAACCUCUCCCAAGGCAAUUUGCUUAUGUCUUUGAUUUUACAGACACUUUCACAAGUAUGCAUUAUGAAUCAGGGUCUGCUCUGAAUAUUUCCACCAAUUGAAAUAGUGGAAUUAGGGCCAGGAGAGAGCUCAAAAGGCAAGGUAUAUAUUUGGCAUGCCCAAAGCUCCAACUUCAAUCCACAGCAAGGGGAGGAGGAAGGAUGAAAUGCUAAUACUUGGAAGUCAAAUCCACAUUAAAUACAUUUAAAAGAAUUUUCUGAAUUAAAAGAAAGAACAUUAAAAAAACAGAAUCUCUGAAAAUUAAAAUAAAGGUACAUAAAUAAAUAA